CACAACAUUUAUUGACUAAGAUUCCCCCAAACUACAUAACUAAACUAAACAUCUUGUUAUUAUUUAUAAUUUUAUAUAUAUCCCAUAAUCCAAUCCUUAAUCUCACUACUCAAUUAGCUCAUAAUAAUUAAUUUUUGUUGUAAUAGAUCAUCAAAAAACAGAUGGCAGAUAAUGAUGAUAAAAUAAUACUGCUGGAUGUUUGGGCAAGUAUGUUUGCUAUAAGAGUUAGGAUAGCAUUAGCUGAGAAAGGCAUAACUAAUUAUGAAUCCAAAGAGGAAGAUCUUUUUAAUCACAACAAAAGUCCAUUGCUACUUGAAAUGAACCCGGUUCAUAAAAAAAUUCCGGUUCUUAUUCAUAAUGGAAAGCCAAUUUGUGAGUCUUUGAUAAUUGUUGAGUAUAUUGAUGAAGUUUGGAAGGGGCACUCUCGUUUUAUGUCUACUGAUCCUUAUUACAACUCACAAUCAAGAUUUUGGGCUGAUUUUGUUGAUAAAAAGAUAUAUCCACCAAGUAAUAGAAUAUGGCGAGCAAAAGAAAGCACAGAAAGAGAGACAGCUAAAAAGGAGUUCAUAGAAAAUCUGAAGAAAAUGGAGCAACAAUUGGGAGAUAAAUGUUACUUUGGAGGUGACACCUUUGGAUUGGUAGACAUUGCGCUUAUUCCAUUUUACAGUUGGUUUCAUACAUAUGAAACUUGUGGAAAUUUCAGUAUAGCGGAUGAGUGUCCAAAUAUCAUAGAAUGGGCCAAAAGAUGUGCUCAAAGAGAGGCUGUUCAUAAGUCUCUUCCUGAUAUGCACAAGGUUUAUGAACAAGCUUUGGUUUAUAAGAUGCAUCGUCUUGGAAUCCACUAAUUUAUACACUAUGCUCAUUAAAGUAUUUAAUAAUGUAUUCUUAAUUAAUAAGUGAUGGAGUAGUUUUGAUUGUAUUGGUGUAGUAAUUUAGUUUUGAUUUUUUAUUGGUGAAGUAUUUUAUAAGUAUUGAGAGCAUCACGUUUAUUAGUUUUAAUAUAUAUUUUUCAAAUAUUAAUUUUUUUUAUAAAUUUAGAAAUUUACUUUUAAAGUUAUUUGAUACUUAAGUGUAUGUUGAAAUUUGCGGAAAAAAAAUUAAAUGGGAAGGACAAAAAAGAAGAAAGCGGUAAAGUUAUUUCA